CGUCAUCAUGUCCGUUCGAUGGGAAUCACCAGGAAUUGGCCGCCGGCGGCGUUCCGACGAUAGUGAGGAUGAGUGCGAGAUUUCGAUGCUUGCUGAGUCGGCCGCUACGGCAACGAGCGACGAUGGUGAUCAUUCCCGAUCCCGGAACGGUAGUCUUAGUGGGUCUCGUUCUAAACAGGGAGAGGAUGCUCAUCGGGACACUUCCGGUGGUCGGUGUCCAGUGGCAAGGGUGGAUGUUGAUUUGAGUGACGAGGAUGAAUCAACGAUGGAGCACCAGAACGACACCGUUGAGAUAAUGGUGUUGGACGAAGCGAGUGAACGAUUGUUGGGGAAAUGGAACGGAAACGCCAAAGUGAAGAUGUUCAAAUCCAAAAACAACACCUCUCCGAAUGAACCGUCCCCAGUGCCCGACCAUCCCGACCAGGACUGCCCCGGGAUGCACAUUACGCUGAAUCCGUCGUCAAGGGCCACCAGCCCCAGUACCGCGACAGGUGGCAAGCUACCGAAUCUAGCUACUGGCCCAUCGUCACCCACGCCCUCCACCAACCUGCCCCACAACCUAGCGAGUGCCAAGAGCAUCAACAACAACAACAAAAGCAGUAGCAACAGUAAGGCGCACAGCAAACCGAGCGGCAAGGGUGGCGGUAACGGGGACGAUGGUGGUGGCAUAAAGAUGCCUCAGAAAAAGCACAAAAACUCGGACGAGGAGAACGACAUCAUCGGUGAACUGAUUGGAGAUUAUGGCAAGUGGCAGUUCGUCAUGACGUUUUUGCUCUCGCUGUUCCAGGUGCCGAACACGUUCCACAUCUAUUCGCCUACGUUUCAGGCAGCAGAUAAAAGCUUCUGGUGCCGACGGCCAUCACAUCUCGCCGAUGUCCCAAUCGACCGGUGGCGGAACGUGUCGGGUGCGUUGGAAAAUUGCAGGAUGCUGAAUUACGACUGGAAUGCGCUAACGAGCGCCCAACUGUCAAUGAGCAAUUUUUCGCUCCCGAAGAAUCUCACCGAUACGGUAGCGUGCAGCGCCUGGGAGUUUGAUAUACAUGACAAUCUCGGCAACACCUGGUCCUCGGAGUGGAAUCUCGUCUGCGACAAGGAGUACCUCAAGAAUGUGGCCGAAAUGUUUUUCCUGGCGGGCGUUGCAACCGGUGGCAUCACGUCCGGUGUACUGUCCGACAAGUUUGGUCGCAAAAUGAUGCUGUUCAUCUCUGCCGUCCUGCAGUCAAUUUUUGGGCUGGCCCUUUACUUUGCCGAUUCGUUCGAGUUCUAUCUAGUGCUGCGAGCGCUGCUAGGAAUCGUGUCCGUGUCGGUAACGUACGCGGGACUUAUCCUGGCGAUCGAGUACGUCGAUGGGAAGUGGCGAACGAUCGCCGGGAUGUAUAACCUGUUCCCGCUGCCCGUCUCCUACAUUAUGAUCUCCGGAAUUGCGUACCUAACGCAGGACUAUCGAAAUUUGCAGUUGUGCAUUGGGCUCCCGGGAGUAUUUCUGUGCUUAUUAUGGUUUGUCCUGCCAGAAUCACCACGCUGGCUGCUGUGCAAAGGUCGUAUUACCGAGGUGAAGGAAGUCAUCCGGAAGGCGGCAGCGUUCAACAAGCGCCCGUUGCCCGACAAUUUGGACAAACUGCUGAAACCACCGGUGGACGAGGAGGAAACGGCGGCCGGUGUGUGUGAGCUGUUCCGGUCGAAGUAUCUGCGUCUGGUGACAUUUUGCUUCCUGUGCAUUUGGUUCACGAUGAAUCUCGUCUACUACGGUUUGGUGUUGAACAUGAACAGCUUCGGUGGCAACAUUUAUCUCAACUCGGCACUUGCCGGUUUGGUGGAAAUUCCAGCGAUCGCACUGGCGAUGUACAUCAUCAAUCGUACCGGCAAGAAGUGGCUCUUCUGUGCGACCUUCUUCGCCGCCGCACUUGCCUGCCUGUGCGCCGCAAUCGUCGAAGGAAAGCCGGAGCUUUUGGCGAUGAAAAUCACGUUCGUGAUGAUCGGUAAAUUUACCAUCAGUGCCGGAAACACCAUCAUGCCGGUGUACACGGCCGAACUAUAUCCGACCGCAAUACGAAACGUUGGUGUCGGUGCCUGCAACUUGGCAGCCGGUUUUGCCCUCAUCCUUACGCCGUAUCUGUCGAUGCUGACAAAAAUUGAGGAUCAUCUGCUUAUGACGCUGCUGACGGCAUGGUGUAUUUUUGGCGCAAUUGUGAUUAUUUUCCUGCCGGAAGCAAUGCAACAUCACGAGCACGAGGAGCACGAUGAGGACAAGGAAAUCGAUACACAGACAGCUGCUUAAAGCGGG